UUACUAUCGAUAUUUACUUUGAGUCCGGUCCUAUUGCGGCAUAUUUUCAAAUGUUGACGAUGGCAACAAGUCACGGUUUAGCAGUGCUCACAAAUUCUUGCGUUAAACCCCCACUUGAUUCCAAGACUGGUCUGCCCACAACGGUCCAUGAGCGAGGUGCAUCAUCCUUUAGCCAGACCUGGGAUGAAGAACCACAUGAAUCAGAGAGUGAGCCGGAAGAUGACAUAAAAAAUGCAACAUGGAAAAGGGACACUGGCUAUCGCACACAAGCUAGUCCAAGGGUAGACCUGACUGCAACGGAUCCUCUUAUUGAAAGUUUAACAAACGAUCUCAGUAACUUAUCAGACGAAGAUUUUUACCGGAAGUUACAGGAACUCAAGUCAGAGCACAAGAAAACCCUGUCUUUGUGCAAAAGUUUGUACGAUGAAAAAUUGCAAGCAGAAAGUUUUGAGCACGUUACGGGUAAACCUCCUUAUGAGAUAACAGGUAGAUACCACACCAGACCAGAUGGGUCAAGAUAUAGUGAUGAAUUUAAUGCAGUGCCACCAUCUGUACAUAAAGCUUGCCAAGGGGACAAUGUGCGUGAUAUGUCAUCCAAACCACCAGCACCCCCAACAAGGCCUAAAACUAGUCAUGGAAGAAUGUCUAUGUCACAUAGUUCAUCAUUGAAAAAGGCCUGGGCAGAUGAAGACAAGAAUCUAAAUGACAGGUUCCUGAAUAGUAAUACAAAUGAAAAUAAAAGCUUCCAAAGGCAAAACCAACCAAACCUUCCUGUUGCAAAUGAUUCUUCAAUGUCGCAAAUAGAAGAUAUGUGGGAAAAUUUUUCAGUUGAAGAUUAUGCUCCAAGAGAAAGAACAAAUUCAAUGUCAUCAGGCAUAUCUUCAACAUCAUCAAGGCAGAAAGUAGAGUCAUCUGGCAAAGAAUGGAGACAUAGGAUAACCAUUCCAAAACCAUUUAAAAUGAUGCUGAGGGAUAACGAAAAGCCGAAAAAGAAGACGUCUGCAAUGAUAGCGCUUGAGAAUGAAAUAGAGGAGAAGAAAAGAAAGGAGGAGGAAGAGUGUCAGAAGAAAUUCAAAGCACAGCCGGCACCAGCACACAUUUAUGUACCUCUUUUUGAUGAAAUUAUGGAAGAGAAAGAAACACGCAGAAGAGCUAUUAAAGAUCUGAGUUCAGAAAUUGUAAAUUCCAUGAUUCAGCCUUUUAAAUUUUCUAUCCGCGAAGAAGAGAAAAAGAGGCAAAGAUCUCAAUCAAUUCCAAACAUUCCUGUUAAGAAAGAAAAGAGCAAGUUUAAAGCACGUCCCAUUCCAAAAGAGGUUUUUGAUGAGUCUAUAAUGGAAAAAAUUGCUGAAGAAGAAGAGUACAGAAAGAUAAGAAUAAAGAUGAGAGCUGAAGAGAUGUUAAGGUCUGCAUCUUUACCACGCAAUAUGGAGAGCAGAAACAAAGCCCUUGCACAAACAAGAUCCAAAUUAUGGUCAUCAAAGGCUAAAGAGCUUGGUUUAAGCACCAGUCAAAGUUUUAAACCAAGGAUCAACCCGGAUGUACCAAAUUUUGAGGAAAAACAUUGGGAGCUUCAACGUGAGCUUUCCAAAAGAAAGUUAGAGAAAGAAGCCACUGUAUGCAAACCAUUUAACUUGCGUACAUCACGCAUACCAUCCAAGAAAAAUAAAGUAUAUGAAGAUAUGCAGAAAGAUGAAGAUACUUUGAAAGAAAACAGAUGGCCUUAUAAAAACCCAAGAGCUAAACCUGAGCCAGUGAGAUUGUCCAGAGGGGCACUUUCUGCAUCUAUGGAUACUAUUCCAGCAAAGAUGACAGCUUCAUCAGAACUCCGGUCAAGUGCUAAUAAGGAGAAGAUGAGUACCAUGAUCAAGAAAGAACUGGAGGAACUUGAGAAUGAAAGAAGACGACGCCAAAGGGAACGUCAGUUGAAAAAAAUGGUAGCAGAAAGGGCAGCUGCAAAUGAUCGAUCUGUGCCUCUUAAAGCUUGCUCAAAGGAAAAGCUAAAAGGAUACAAAGAAGCUGACAGAGCAAGGCAGGAGGAAUAUAGACGUGAAAUGAAUGAAAUAAAAGAAAGAGUUGACAAGAGGCCAUUUUUGUUUGAAAGAACAACACAGGUAAAUGCCAGAAAAGCGGCUGAGAGGAAGUAUCAUGAUACACUAAGACGUGCAGGAAUCGAUGAAGAAUUUAUUGCUGAUAAAGGUUCUCACGCUAGGGGAUACAGAUAUGAGGAUGAUGAUGAGGAUGAUGAUGAUGCCAGUGACCUGGGCUCCUACAGGGCCACUGUCAAACAAGGUUAUGAGGAUGAUGGGCUGUCCGAUGGGGAUCGCACACCAGAGGAACAGUCAGACUUGGAAUAAUUUCACUGUAUUUAAUUGGACUUGAUCAAAUCUGGUAGACUCAGGAAUCAGGGAUU